AAUACGUAUCGCCUGGCUCCAACGAUCGGUAUGCCAAAGACAACUGACCAAAGUUUUUGGCAAUCACCUGCAUUCUCUCUGAAAGGCCGAACCGAUUUUCCAAAUUAUAUUUCGAGCCCCGGACCGGUGUACAAAGUGGACCAGACAACACGGCAUGGCCAAUUCACGAAUACCAAGGUCAAGAUUGGAUUGAUACUCGGCAAAAAUGACUACGGGCAGAGUCCGGGACCCGCUGCCUACUUGCCGUGCUUUCCAAAUUUGAAACGGGCGCCUACUCCAAAGUUGUUAUUACCCGUAACCACCCAAACAGACGCGGAGAGAAACGAUGGUCCAUCACCAAAUACGUACUCGUUGCGCGGCGAACAUCGAUCAUCGAUCAAGAGUAGGCGAAAAGGAUACACAAUAAAAUGGAGGACCAAGGAUUGUGGUAGCGAGGCGCCGGGCGCCGGAAGUCCAGGGCCGGCGGCCUACAGCUCGACGAAUGCGAAUGUGUACAAAAACCGCGCGCCGGCCAGGACGUUCGGCAUACCAUCGCAAACGGUAAAGGUCUGCACGCAUACACCACAUGCGUACCUCAUCGUGUCCGCCGACAAGUGCGUUGAACGUUGCCAGCCUAAAAGAUUCACUUUCGGUGCGAGGCGUCCGAACAAACACCCACCGUACGUGGUGCCAGCCGACAACUGUCCGUUAUGA